UACGUGGUUGUAGACUACUCUGAGGCCCCUCGAUAUCAUCAAGAUGGAGCUAUCAGACGACUCUGAUUUCUAUGGUGACGACGAGACCGUUCUCGGACUACAUCGCCGCGUCAAUGAUUUCGAUGCAGAAGCCUGGAUUAUCCAGCACCUUGAAACUCCAGGCCGACCACUUCCCCAUAAGAGCGUCGUUGUCGACAUGUCCCAUCUUCACAAUCCAUAUGCAGGAGUUCCCUACGCAUGGCAGACCACCGAGACGGUGGAUGCAUUUCUCCAUCGCCUCCCUCCCAAGACCACGGACCAGACCGAGAACACGCCCUGGAUUUUCAUAUGCAACCCGUUCAUUUCGCGAGUGGAGAAAGCCCUGGCUGAGAGUCAGGCCAGCAAAGGUAACGAGGAUGAGGCACCCGAAGAGGAGGGCAGUAGGACUAAGCUUGUCAUCGACGGGGGGAUGGAGCGGCUUUCGCUCGUCACUAGCUUCACUGAGGGCAUGAGAAAGGCUCCGAAGGCGGAAUCUACACAGAACCGAGAGAUCGCCAAGGAGAGGAAAAGGGCCGUCGAGGAUAUAUUGAGUCUUGCACAUGCAGGGAGAGUCAAGGCCGGCAAGUGGAUGCUCUUCUGUACUCCCGCCGAGGUCAAUGAUGUAUGGGAAAUCGUAGCCAAAGCCACGGCCAAAAACGAGCUGGGAAUCGCUGCCAAGGUCUUGCCAAGGCCAGUUCUCGAAGAUCCGAGAAAGGAUCGCCUCAUCUGCGUGUAUACAAGCGACUUCAAGGACAAAGCUGAUGUAGCUCGAGUUCUCCAGAAGCUUCGAGAGCUCAAGCUGGUUGAGGCCCGGGGACGGCCCAUCUAUUACAAGCCAGAUAUAUUUACAUAUCUUGGGGUAGCUUCUGGCAAUCCUUGGGGGUUGAAAGCAUCCAUAUACAAUUCUAUUGGUAUCUUUGGACAGUGAAGAUGAGAUGGGGCGCAAUAGGUAUUCGUGGCGGUUGAACAAAACAGUGAAUAGGAAGCCAAUCAGAGAGAGAGCAGAGAGUGUUGCGAGACGUACGAUAUCUAAGAAUACCCGGACAUGUAUCCGUGAGCAAAUGGGAUGAUUUGAAAACAUAUCUCUGUCGUGACUGUAGCGACAGCUGAAUUGAUCUUCGCACUAGUAGGACGAGAAAGCUAUGAAGUACAUGAACCCUAAGAAGUCGGGCAACCUUAAUAGAACUACAUUAUAAUCC